AUGUCUUGUCGACUAUCAGGACUAUCUGAUUUAUCACCAACAGAAUUCUAUUCAUUAGCAUGUGCCAGCUGUUUCUAUUAUGUAUACAUGCAGAUGAAGCCUUAUCAAGAUAUUUAUUAUUCUGAACGAUGUACUGAUGGCUUACUGAUUUGCUCAAAAUCACAACAAGCCGAUGAGAUCUGUUCAUGUGAUAAUCCUAAUUAUGUCUAUAAUAUUCAUGAUUUUUCAUCAAAUAAAUCGAGGGUAACAUCAUUGGAUAAGUUAGUUCUUACACCACCGUUACCGGAUACAUUCUAUCAUCUGACGAAGCAAUGCUGUGAAGCUGCUCGACAAUGCUGCUCCAAUGUACUUCUACCAGCAAGUUUGAAUUUAAAUAUUAGUAAAGCAUGUCCCGCAACCUGGGAUGGAUGGCAGUGUUUCGAUAGUUCUGAUCCAUCAAUCGUGAGUACGGAAUGUCCGACUUACAUAUAUGGAGAUUACUCAAGGAAUAUGUAUGGACAAAAUGCUGUUAAAGAAUGCACAAUAGAUGGAUGGGGCAAAUCUCCACAUGGCUCAAGUGAAUGGACAGAUUAUACGGGAUGUCAUUCAGUCCAGCAGGAUGCUCAAGUUAAGCUUAUGGCAGGCAUUGUAGCGUUCUCUAUCAGUGUUCUCUGCAUCAUUCCGGCAAUUUGCAUAUUAUCUUUAUUGAGACCACUAAGAAGUCAGCCAAUGUUUGUUCUUCAUCGACAUCUGCUGACAUCAUUUUUGCUUUCUGGCUUAUUUUACUUGUUCAACUGCUUCUUUUUCAUAGUUAACGGAGCUCCUGGUGACAACUUAUACUUGCUCAAUGACAUAUCCUGCAGACUCUUGUUCUUAGUUCAACUGCGAUUUCUGCGAUUAUCAACCUUUUCAUGGAUGUUAGCUGAAGGUGUUUAUCUGUAUCGUCUACUGCACAGUACAAGUGCAGAAGGAGAGAGUUUACGUCCUUACAAAAUUCUUUGUUGGGGCGUUCCAGCAAUACUGUCUGCAGUGUAUGGCAUACUGCGAGAAUUAUUUGAUAAUGAAGGAUGUUGGGUAUCUCCUUCUGUCUACGGCUUAAUAGAAUGGACCGUAAUGGCUCCUUGUCUAAUUGCUCUAUGUGUCAAUAUGCUGCUAGUUACAUUUAUCAUGUAUAUCCUGGUGAAGAAAUUACGCUGCGAUCCGCAUCUUGAAAGAAUGCAAUAUCGUAAGGCUGUAAGAGCAGCAUUAAUGCUUAUCCCCGUAUUUGGGUUGCACUUCCUCUUUACCAUAUAUCGCAUUCCAAGUGUAACUCAUCAAGUGAUUAAUUUGGUCUUAGACGGAUUACAAGGAUGUGCUGUGAGUGUUAUCAUAUGCUAUACAAACAAGACAGUUUUGGAAUGUGUCGUCAAACGAUGGACUGUCUUCUGUGAGAAUAGAUCAAUGACGAAGGAAUGUAAAGCUCGUACAAGCAUCCAGACAGACACCCGAACUCCCCUAGUUCAUAACUUAUAA